AAACAAAAUAAGUUGCCUCCAGGUCCAUGGAAACUUCCCUUCAUUGGAAGUCUGCAUCACUUAAUCGGAGGAGGACUUCCACAUCGCGUUCUUAGAAAUUUAUCGCAAAGAUAUGGACCUAUUAUGUACUUGCAACUUGGGGAAGUUCCUACCGUGGUCAUAUCAUCACCUACUAUGGCAAAACAAGUUCUAAAAACUCAUGAUCUCGCCUUUGCUAAUAGGCCACAACUUACAUCCACAAACAUCAUAUUUUACAACAAUAAAGAUAUUGCAUUCAGUCAAUAUGGUGACUACUGGAGACAAAUGCGUAAAAUUUGUAUUUUAGAACUUCUUAGUACGAAGAUGGUCAAGUCAUUUGGUGCAAUUCGACAGGAUGAACUUUCGAGUCUCAUUUCAUCACUUCGUUCCAUGAGUGGUUCUACGAUCAACAUGACUGAAAAGAUUUUUCUGCUUAGCAACUGUAUAACUUGUAGAUCCGCCUUUGGAAAAAUAUGCAAAGAUCGAGACGAGUUCAUAACAAUUAUGAAAGAAGUACUCCUAUUAGGAGCAGGAUUUUUUUUGGCUGACUUGUUCCCUUCAUGUAAGUUACUUCACAACAUAACAGGUGAGAAAACUAGAAUGGUGAACGCGCAUAAAAAAGUUGAUGUAAUUUUGGAGGAGAUCCUGAAUGAGCAUAUCGAAAAUAAAGCAGCUGGAAAGAAGGUAAAUGGUGAGUUUGGAGACGAAGAUUUGGUUGAUGUUUUCCUAAGGGUAAAAGAGAACGCGGAACUUCAAUUUCCAAUCACAAAUGACAAUAUUAAAGCUGUGAUUUUUGACAUCUUUCUGGCUGGAACUGAAACUUCAUUUACAGUUCUUGUUUGGGCGUUUACAGAGCUAAUGAAGAACCCACAUAUCAUGGCGAAGGCCCAAAGUGAAGUGAGACGAGUUUUUAAGGGAAAGAAAAGUUAUGAUGAAAAAGAUAUUGAAAAGUUGACAUAUUUAAAUUUAGUGAUUAAGGAGACAUUAAGGCUUCAUGCUCCAGUUCCUCUUCUAGCACCUAGGGAAUGCAGGGAACAAACUGAUAUUGAUGGAUAUACCAUACCAAUUAGCACUAGAAUAAUAGUCAAUGGAUGGGCAAUAGGGAGAGAUCCCGAAAGUUGGCAUGAUCCUGAUAAUUUUAUACCAGAGAGAUUUGAGAAUUCUUCUGUUGAUUAUAUAGGAAAUCACUUUGAGUUUAUUCCAUUUGGUGCCGGAAGAAGAAUUUGUCCCGGAAUGAUAUUUGGUUUAGCUAAUAUUGGACUUCCUUUGGCUCAGUUACUCUACCACUUUGACUGGAAACUGCCAAAUGGAACUAAUCCAAAUGAUUUGGAUAUGACGGAAACACAUGGAUUAAGUGCGGCAAGGGUAAAAGACCUGUAUUUAAUUGUUGUAGAUCAUAAAAACGAUGAAGAAUAAUUCUGUAUUUUAUUUUUUUUUUGCUUUGGUUUAAUUAUGUAUGUGUAUCCAUUUGAAUAUUAAGAUUAUGCAUUUGUUGG